AUGGGAGACUAUGAAAUCAUAAACCGUCGUUUUGUCGUAAACCACGGAGGCAACGGAGUUGUGCCGCCCUACUGGGUCGAAAACGGUUUUGUAUUCAGUGCAAAAGCAAGUAAUCGCACUUACACCUAGUAUAGAAUUAAAAAUGAAUUGCAUUUGCAAAAAUAUCAAAAAGAGUAUUUGCCAGGCAGGUUCAGAUAGGACAUCACGUUUGUCAAAUGCAGGAUUGCAAUGAGCGCAAGUACCCCACUGCUUUUGCACAGCAUACGAGGUCACCUUUCUGCACGAGCCAGACGCGGAGCCCUCCCUCGCCACGAGUGCUGGUAAUUGUAGUAGCGGGGUUGGGAGCAGCAGCAGUGCGGCACAAUCACCCGCCCCCGGGAUACAGUCACCAGUGGCUGCUGCAGACCACGCAGACGCGACUGGUGCAGGAGGUGCUGGGGCCACCAAUGGUGCUGCGCAAGAUUCCGCUCCCGAACUCGGAGGUGAUGCGGGUGAACAGGUAAGUAGUACAACAGGACAACCUUCUCCUGCCGUCGGCGGUCCUGGGGCCGGCCAACAGGGAGAAGAUGGUCCUGUUGACAAUGGCAAUGGGAACAAUGGUGCCAACGCUUUCGAUAAUGAUGCUCCUGCGGAAAACCCUUGUCGUUUUCCCGAGCCGGAGCCUGAAGAGUGAAGAUAAACGCAAAUCGCCAACACAGCCCAAUUAUAAUACCUUGUGCCGUAAGGCGGGAGGCAUUACUUAGAAUUUGGUGGAACUGCUUACCAAAGCCUGAUGUAGCCGUAGUGAUCCUACGGAAUGCGUUUACGCCCGUCGAGUACCUGUGAUGCGCAGUCCGACUAUUUUUGUUUACGUAUCAUAGUCACAAAAUAAAAAGUUUCACCAACGACCUUUUUAUUUCUCGCUAGCGUGGAAGAUAGAUUCAGUGCUUGUUUGCAAAAGUAUCGUAAGGGCGUACACGGCUCUAUAUAUGAUGUUUUAUUUACUUUAGAUUUCUCUGAAGAUCUCAGAUGCAGCAUGCUUGACCUUGCGUGCAAGAAAGUAUAGUUGGAAAAUGAAACUUCUAUACAUGAUUGGAAAAUUAAAUUAUCCAUGUUCACGCUCGAAAAGAGCGCAACAAGAAGCCAAGGAAAGCUGUCAUUUAGAAACGUAGCAGCAAUUGGGAAAUUCACAUUCUAAUAGCACCUCCUGUCGGUUUUUAUUCUGGGGAACAGCAACAGCAUUUCAUGGAAAAUAGACAAUAGACUGUACGAAGAAAACAACAAAUCAGUACAUGGAGAAUCACAAAGAUACGCUCUGACGGACGGAUAAAGUUAUGUUGUACCAACCUUCGGGCAAAACGAAGAGACGAAUUCCUAUUCGAAGCAUACUUCUUGCACUUUCGCGAGCUGGCAAACAGCAUUCACUAGUGGAUAAUUCAUACGGGGUAGUUCAAGAAAGAAAAACAUGGAGAAUACAUUCUGAAGGACGUAGUAAUUAUCGUUUCAACACUCUCGUGCAAAACGAGAAGAAGAAAAUGUAGAGGCAAGCGCAGUUUUUGCGCUUCACUUUGAAAUUGUAGCAGGCAACAAUUCACUUCUCUGCGACCAAGUUCUUCGCUUCCGU